AUGGCGGACAGAGAGAAGCGGAAAGCCAGCCCGCCGUCUGGCCGCAGCAUGCAGGUGAAAUCCCCGGCCAGUUUCAGGUUGACCCAUGACAUCAGCCUGGAUGAGUUUGAAGAUGACGACCUGUCGGAGAUUACAGAGAUCACAGACGAGCGCGGGAUGAGCCUCAACUGCAAUGGCCCGGAUAUAAAGGGCCAUGUGAGGCGAGGAACCAAUAGCAUGUCGGGGAGGGCAGAGCUGGGCGCCGUCGGCCAGCUUCAGGCAGAGAUGCUGCAUUUGGAACUCAUCGACGGUGCUGACGGUUACCGCGGUGAUAAAGAGUCCUCGAAGGCGUCCGCCAUCGCACCCCCGCCAGUCAUCAAGGACCCUGCAGCACCUGUUACCAUGGAUACCUACCGUCCCAAGAGACCCACGACCCUUAACCUCUUCCCGAUUGUGCCACGCACACAGGACACAUUAAACAACAACUCCUUUGGGAAGAAGUACAGUUGGCAGGAGAAGGUUUCAGGCUCGUCCUCGCCUCUGAAAACAGGUGAGCUCACCCCUCCGCGUGAGCACAGCUGUCUGAGCGACGAGGACAAGGUGCAGGGCGGGGGAGCGCAGACCAAAGAUCGCGGGACCUCCACCGACGCCCCCUGCAGACACAGCCACACCUCGGGACACUCGCACGGCUCAUCUACAGCGGCUGGGACGCGCUCCAAGCUUCAGGAGAAGCCGCCCGCUCCACCGCCGCCGCAGAACUACACACCAGCUCCUCUAUACCCGGCGGGGAAGGCGGAUGGAGGCGGACACCACCGGGAGAGGAUCCGCUACCACACGGAUGUUCAUCUAGAACCCACAGAGGAGAUCUAUCUGACUCCUGUGCAGCGUUCUGCAGACCCCCUGGAACCCCCUAACGCACAGGACCGGCCUUUCCUCUCGCAGCAGACUGAGCAGGGCCGCAUGUCCAUCAGCUCGGAUACAGAGGGCCCGCCUCCUUACCAGCCCCUCCCAGACCGGACAAACCCCUCGAUCUACGAGGAGGACGAGGUCUACGUCCCCCCACCCUCAUAUGCUUCCUGUGUAGAGUCCCUCAUCACGCCACCCAGCAUGGCUCUCUCAUCUCGCUCCUCCCUCGCACUAGACCUCAGCCUGAAGGGGGCGGGAACGGGGGCCGGGGUCAUGCUGAGAGCUGGGUCAUCGGUGGAGUAUGUGGACGCCACAGAUGAAAGCUACUGUGGGGAGGAUGAGGAUGUGGACAGAAUAAUAAUGGAUGGAAGGAUGAGGAAGGGGGGAGGAAAGCGGGAUGGAGGCGGCGGCAGAGUCCCGCUAAGGACUUCCAUGAGCUCGGAGGCCAGCGGCCUUUCGUACGACUCGGUCAAAUACACACUGGUGGUGGACGAGCACGCUCAGCUCGAGCUGGUCAGCCUUCGGCAGUGUUACCAAGGCUACAGCGACGACAGCGACUCGGCCACUGUCUACGACAACUGCGUCUCUUCUCCCUACGAGUCGGCCAUCGGAGAGGAGUACGAGGAGGAAGAUGAGGAGGAGGAGGAGGAUGGCGCUCGGAUAGGAGGAGUGAGGAGAGAGGCCACAGCUUGUCUGUCUGAAGACUCCACUCCGGAGGUCGACCUGCACUUCUCCAAGAAGUUCCUCAAUGUCUUCAUGAAUGGACGCUCGCGCUCCUCCAGUAUUCAAGGUGCAGAGUCCUUUGGCUUGUACUCUUGUAUCAUUAAUGGAGAGGAGAAAGAUCAGAGCCACAGAGCCGUCUACAGGUUUGUCCCUCGACAUGACGAUGAGCUGGAGCUGGAGGUGGAUGACCCGUUGCUGGUGGAGAUCCAGUCGGAGGAUUACUGGUACGAGGGCUACAACAUGCGAACUGGUGCCCGUGGGAUCUUCCCAGCUUACUACGCUAUAGAGGUGACCAAGGACCCAGAGAGCUACAAAGUAAAGAGCAGUGAGUGGAUGGACAGAUACCGGCUUAAGUUCCUGGGCUCCGUUCAGGUGCCCUUCCACAAAGGCAACGAUGUUCUGUGUGCGGCUAUGCAGAAGAUUGCCACCAACAGGCGGAUGACAGUCAAGUAUAACCCGCCUUCCUCCUGCAUCCUGGAGAUCAGUGUGAAAGGCAUCAAGCUCGAAGUCCAAGAGGAUUAUUAUGCCUGUGACAGAAGUAACCAGUGCAAUCACUUCUUCCAGCUAAAGAACGUCUCAUUCUGCGGCUAUCACCCCAAAAACAGCAAGUAUUUUGGUUUCAUUACUAAGCACCCGUCAGACCAGAGAUUUGCCUGCCAUGUGUUUGUGUCUGAAGACUCCACCAAACCUCUUGCUGAGUCAGUCGGGAAAGCCUUCCAGUUGUACUAUAAAGAGUUUGUGGAGGUCUCGUGCCCAACAGAGGACAUCUACCUGGAAUAACCCUGCCCUGCCUUCAACCACAGCCCUGUACAGUA